CCAUUGCCCAUCAUGGUGCUCGCAAAGUCCAAGAAGUCGGUCGGCCUCGGCAAUUCGCUGAUGAAGGAUCGGUUUGGCGGGGGGUAAAGGCGGCGACCGAAAACGAGUUGGCGCAGUCACACGUAUCGACCAUGCGACGGGUCAAGAAUACAUCACCAACGACAGGGAAGAGGCGGGUUGGGUCAAGAUGCGCUCCGUCACCGAGCAGGGCGCCCUGGACGAGUUCUUGGCUACCGCCGAGCUUGCCGGGACCGAUUUUACAGCCGAGAAGACGAACAAUGUCAAGAUCAUCCACACCGACCAGCGCAACCCCUACCUCCUCUCUGCGGCUGAGGAAAGGGUGGUACUUGGGAAACAGAAGGAACACAAGUCCCGCCUUACCGUACCCAGGAGGCCGCAAUGGGAUGCGUCGACAACCCCCGAAGAACUCGGUCGGCUAGAGCGCGAGGGCUUUCUUCAGUGGCGGAAGGGCCUGGCGGAGCUCCAGGAGACGCAAGAUCUCUUGAUGACGCCGUUCGAGCGCAACCUCGAGGUCUGGAGGCAGCUGUGGAGAGUCAUCGAGCGGUCCGAUCUGGUCAUUCAGAUCGUCGAUGCCAGGAACCCCCUCAUGUUCCGGUCCGAAGAUCUCGAGGCGUACGUCAAGGACGUUGAUCCGAAGAAGGAGAAUCUGUUGCUCAUCAACAAGGCCGAUAUGAUGACCUACACGCAAAGGAAAGCGUGGGCCAACUACCUGAAGGGCGCUGGGAUUGCCUAUCGGUUCUUUUCGGCUCAACUGGCUAAGGAGAUGCUGGAAGCCCAAGGAUCCGAGGGGGAGGAGGAUGAGGAGGAAGAGGGGGCCGGCCCAAGCGGAAGUGGUGCGCCCCUGAAACAAGGCGAAUCAAAUGAAGACAACGAGAAUGAUCCCGAUGAAGAGGGUGCCGAACAGGAGGAGGACGGUGAAGCGGACACGAGGAUUUUGACAGUUGACGAGUUGGAGGGCAUGCUCCUUAGCUACGCGCCCGAAGACGCAGGACCCGAACACAAAUUCCAAGUUGGACUCGUCGGCUACCCCAACGUCGGAAAAUCAUCAACGAUUAACGCGCUUCUCGGAGCCCACAAGGUUUCGGUCUCGGCGACUCCCGGAAAGACAAAGCACUUCCAGACUAUCCACUACAGCGACAAAAUCAUUCUGUGCGAUUGCCCUGGUCUUGUGUUCCCCAACUUUGCCAACACCAAGGCCGAACUGGUCGUCAAUGGUGUCCUCCCCAUCGACCAAUUGCGGGAGUACAGUGGGCCCGGCACACUUGUCGCCACUAGAAUCCCGCGUGCAUUCAUCGAGGCUAUUUACGGUAUCCAAAUACGCACGCGGCCUUUGGAGGAAGGGGGCACCGGGAUACCCACUGGCGACGAGUUGCUCAGCGCGUACGCUCGCCACAGGGGAUUCAUGACGCAAGGUCUAGGCCAACCCGACAGGUCGCGUGCCGCGAGGUAUGUCCUCAAGGACUACGUCAGCGGCAAGCUGCUCUAUGUCACCCCGCCCCCGGACAUCGAGGAUGCCCAGGAGUUCAACCGCGAGCUGUACGACGUCGCGCACCUCCCGGCCAAGCGGCAGGCGGCCGCGGCCGCGGCGUUGGAGGAGCUGUCCAUCGACGCCGACGACACUGCGUCCACGUUGUCCGACAUGCUCCCGCUUCCGCGCGGAGCCAAGUCGGAGAGGCUCGACAAGGCGUUCUUCAAGCCCGGCCAGGGCAGCGCCGGCCACCUCUCCAGACCGUUCAACUACAAGUACUCGCAGCAAGGCGUCGCCGAGAUGGAGGGCAAGCAGCUGAGCGGCCGGAAAUUGAAGACCAUGGUUGCGUUGGAGAAGGGGAUUGAUCCUAAGGAUGUGCAGCUCGCGUCGGGGAAGAAGCACUUUAAGGGGGGGAACAAGGGGAGGGGGAAGAAUAGGGGGAAUAAGGCGGAUGAUGAGGAUUGAUGGGAGGUAUGUUGAGUUAGGGCUCAGUCGGUGAUAGAG